AGAGGAUUAGAAACGGCUGAAGACAGCUCUACCAGCACCUGGGGCACCCCAAUCAGGGGCUGGUGCAGUCGGGACCCUGGCCCCCCAUGUCCGAGCCCCCUCUGUACUGUAACCUGGUGGACCUGCGCCGCUCCUCCCAGACACCACCCCCAGGCCCCACUCGGCCCCCACUACAGCGGCUGGACUGCUGGGAACAGCAUCUGGACCUCGACUCUGGUCGCUGUUUCUACGUGCACUCAUUGACUGGACAGGCGUCCUGGAAGCCUCCCCGAAGAGCUCGUGAAAAGACUCCGGACUCCAUGGAAGGGACUCCGCACCUGGGGAGAGAUGCCCAAGCCCCGAAGGCUGAGAAGGGUGCGGGACCCUACAAUCAGGUGUCAGAGACCAAGGAGACACUCGCCACUCAAUCCUCACUUCUUACCGGCUCCUGCUCCCAGACUUCCAGUUCGGACAACUCCCGAGGAUCCCUGGCCCCUAGAUCCCAGCCUCAGCUCCUAGAUGACCCUCACGAGGUGGAGAAGUCUGGCAUGCUGAACAAAACAAAGAUCGCUGAGGGGGGACGGAAGCUCAGGAAGAACUGGGGUUCAUCCUGGGUGGUAUUGGCAGGAAAUAGCUUGGUGUUCUACAAAGUUCCUCCAACUUCAAUUCCUGCUGGAUGGGGUCCAGCUGGCAGCCGGCCAGAGAGUAGUGUGGACUUAAGAGGGGCAGCUCUAGCCCAUGGUAGACAUCUGUCCAGUCGCCAGAAUGUCCUGCAUGUGCGUACUGUCCCUGGACACGAGUUCCUGCUGCAAUCUGAUGAUGAGACAGAGUUCCGAGCCUGGCACCGGGCACUUCGGGAGGUCAUCGACCGACUGGAGCGUGAGAACCCUCUGGAACUGCGACUAUCUGGGUCUGGGCCAGCCGAGCUUGAGGAAUUGAGCCAGGGCGAAGAAGAUGAGGAGCCAGAGCCGAAGUCUCUGCUAGGGCGCCGAGGAGGAAGCCGAAGGAUCUCUUGUCGGGGGCCUGAAGAACAGAAUCGAGUGAGGAACAAGCUGAAGCGGCUGAUAGCAAAGAGACCUCCCUUGCAGAGUCUACAGGAGCGGGGACUGCUUCGAGACCAGGUGUUUGGCUGCCACUUGGAGUCUCUGUGUGAGAGGGAAGGGAGUACUGUGCCGAAUUUUUUCAGGCUCUGCAUAGAUACUGUGGACAAGAGAGGUCUGGAUGUGGAUGGUAUUUACAGAGUCAGUGGGAAUUUGGCUAUAAUCCAGAAACUCCGGUUCCUGGUGGACAGAGAACGAGCAGUCACCUCUGAUGGAAGAUACCUGUUCCCUGAGCAGCCAGGACAAGAGGGCCGCCUGGAUCUGGACAGUGCAGAAUGGGAUGAUAUCCACGUCAUUACUGGAGCAUUGAAGCUUUUUCUUCGGGAACUUCCUCAGCCCCUGGUCCCUCCAUCACUGCUGCCACCCCUUCGAGAAGCCCUUGCACUUCCUGAAUCAGAGCAGCGCUUAUCCCGGGUACAGGAGCUCAUAGGCUCAAUGCCAAAACCUAAUCAAGACACACUUCGGUGCCUCUUGGAACAUCUAUGCAGGGUGAUAGCACAUGCAGACAAGAACCGAAUGACCCCACACAACUUGGGUAUUGUGUUUGGACCAACAUUGCUACGACCAGAGCAAGAGACCUCUGACCCAACAGCCCAUGUCUUCUAUCCUGGACAGCUGGUUCAGUUACUGCUGAAUGACUUCAACAGUCUCUUCCCUAACCCAUAAAUCCUGGACUCUGCCCUGCACAAGGUUGUUGAGCUGCCCUCAACUUUGAAAAGGGGACAGGAGGGACCUCUAUGUGUUAGCCAUAACAUUUGGGUAAAACCUCCAUUUGUUAAACGCCUUUUUUUUUUUUUUUUUUGCGGGGCAAUGGGGGUUAAGUGACUUGCCCAGGGUCACACAGCUAGUAAGUGUUAAGUGUCUGAGGCUGGAUUUGAACUCAGGUACUCCUGAAUCCAGGGCCAGCGCUUUAACCACUGCGCCAUCUAGCUGCCCCCCCUGUUAAAUGCCUUUUAAGAAGAAUGUGUUUCAAUGGGUGAUUUCCAUUUUAAAGAUUUCCCCAAAUAGGGGAACCUGUGAUCUUUUUUUUUUAGUAAGGAAGGAGGUUCUUUGUUGGGGGAGUCUAUUUGGAAUGUUAUACCCUUUAAAUUUUGUAUCACUUUAUGUAUUAGGGAGGGUUAUCAGAGUUACUUUCAAUAAGGAAGGACUCACAUAGAGCCGAGAUUCAUCCUGGGGGUGCCCUGACCCCAAAGAAAGGAGAUCACAUUUCCUUCAUCACUCUGACUCAUUGUGCCCCCAUCAAGGACUAGAACUCUGAGGAAAUCUAUUAAAUAAAGCUUAAGUUUGGCUCCCCCAAAGUUGAGCAAGAGAGUCCCUUCCAGAAAAGGUACUUAAUUUACAAAAUAGGUAGCAGGUAUAGGACAGCUAUUUCUUUUCACUUGAGUAGCUACUGAAGUUGCUGUUACAGUUAAAAUACAAAAGACUCAUGAUGUAUUAACAAAUGCUUAAAAAAUAAAGCAAUGACAUACCACAGCUGUUAUAGAAUCCCCAAGAGGUAAAGGCAUUUUAUAGGACUACUGCUGCUGAACAAAUAUUUCACAUUCAACUUGGAACUGUAUUAUCCAAGCAAUUGAAAAGGCUCUAAUCUUCUGGGCCAACCAGGUAUGGCUCUUUAUUCCUAGUUUCAGGAUGAAUCCUGUGAUCAUCUCUUUUUUUUUUUCCUGGAGAAGCUAUGUUAGUUGCUGGAAACAUCUUGCAUCAGUCAACCAUCACCAACUCAAAAACUCAGGAACUUCUAAACUUGUGAAGCAGUCACCAAGGUUGGAAAGGAUCAAUCUCAGGAUCUAUGGUUGUGGGUAGCAGACCUGCACUCAAGGAAGAAAGACAAAACAGUAGAGACAACAAGGCAUUUAAAGUUCAGUCUCAGGUUCAAGUUGCUGCCAUGUACUUACAUAGCCACCAUUGCCACUACAGGUGAAGAUGGGAGAGAAAUCCACUUCCCUCUUCAUUGAAAGUUCAAGGUAGAGCUGUCAAAGUCCCAAAGCAAUAUACUCAAAAGAGAGAGUCGGGGCAGCUAGGUGGCACAGUGGAUAAAGCACUGGCCCUGGAUUCAGGAGGACCUGAGUUCAAAUCUGGUCUCAGACACUUAACACUUACUGGCUGUGUGACCCUGGGCAAGUCGCUUAACCCCAAUUGCCUCACCAAAAAAAAAAGAGAGAGAGAGAGACUGAGAGUGAAGCCUUUCUACCACCUGCUGAGGGAGAACUUCCUCCUGACUCAAUUGGCAGUCAUCUUCAGCAACACUCUAAGGAACCAAUAAGGAGUUUCUGGUUGGGCAUGUCCCUUAGGAAGAGAGAGUGGCUUAAGUUUAUGCCCCACAAAAAAGGGCUAGAGAAGUUCCUUGGUCCAGCAGAUUUGUGGGCUUCCUUGUUUAUUCCUCUUAUAUUCAUUUCUGUGAUUCUGGAUUGAAAGGCCAGGGCACAGCCUUAGAUGGUAGUGUAACGAUUGGAAUGACGCCACCUCCUGGAGACUUACUGUAGAAGAGUUCCACCCAUGAAGUGAAGGUCUUU